CGCAUGUGCAGGCGGCCGCGCCGAGAGGAGCGCUGGGCUGCAGCUGCGGCGCGCGGCGGCCGCUCCCUGGCAGUGUUUGCUAAGAUGGCGGACUUCCUGCCGUCCCGCUCCGCGCUGUCGGGCUGCUUCCCCGGCUGCCUGCUGACCAGCACCGAGGCCGAGCAGCAGCGCAAGUCCAAGGAGAUCGACAAGUGCCUGAACCGCGAGAAGACCUACGUGAAGCGCCUCGUCAAGAUCCUGCUGCUGGGCGCGGGCGAGAGCGGCAAGUCCACCUUCCUCAAGCAGAUGCGGAUCAUCCACGGGCAGGACUGGGACCGGAUGGCCCGCGAGGAGUUCCGCGCCACCAUCUACAGCAACGUGAUCAAAGGUGUGAGAGUCCUUGUAGAUGCUCGAGAGAAACUUCAUAUUCCCUGGGGAGAUCCUGACAACCAGAAUAAUGGGGAUAAGAUGAUGGCUUUUGAUACUCGGUCAACAAUGGUGGCACAAGGGAUGGUGGAGACUCAGGUUUUUUUACAGUACCUUCCAGCAAUAAAAUCACUGUGGGCAGAUAAUGGAAUCCAGCAUGCCUAUGACAGACGCAGAGAAUUCCAACUGGGGGAAUCUGUAAAAUAUUUCCUGGACAACUUGGAUAAACUUGGAGAAUCGGAUUAUCUUCCAUCGCAGCAAGAUAUUCUGCUGGCACGAAGACCCACGAAAGGGAUUCAUGAGUACGACUUCGAAAUAAAAAAUGUUCCCUUCAAGAUGGUUGAUGUAGGUGGCCAAAGAUCAGAAAGGAAACGUUGGUUUGAGUGCUUCGACAGUGUCACAUCGAUACUUUUCCUGGUCUCCUCAAGUGAAUUCGACCAGGUGCUCAUGGAGGAUCGGCUAACAAAUCGCCUUACAGAAUCACUGAACAUUUUUGAAACAAUAGUCAACAACCGGGUUUUCAGCAACGUCUCCAUCAUUCUAUUUCUAAAUAAGACAGACUUGCUUGAGGAAAAAGUACAAAAAGUGAGCAUCAAAAACUAUUUCCCAGAGUUCGAAGGGGAUCCCCACUGCUUAACAGACGUCCAAAAAUUCCUGGUGGAUUGUUUUCGUACCAAACGCCGGGACCAACAGCAGAAGCCCCUAUACCACCACUUCACCACUGCUAUUAACACAGAAAACAUCCGGCUGGUUUUCCGUGACGUCAAGGAUACCAUUCUUCACGACAACCUCAAGCAGCUUAUGCUACAGUGAUGUGCAAAAAGACAUUUUUAUUUGAAUACUUUUUGUGUUCUUAAAAUUGUGGUUUACAACAGGAGAAGAAAAAUCCAGGUCCUGUCAGACUUCUUGAUGUGUGGCUGAAAGCUGCUGCUGAGCACAUUAUUGCCAAUUUCUGCUGAAACUGAGGCUUUAAUCUCUUCUACUGUAGCUUUGAGUUGACUCAGUUAUAAUUUUAUAGCAAGCCUAAGUCCAAAUAACCUGUAAGGUGACUAAACUUGACCUCUAGUGCUUGUAUGUUGCAAAAAGUCUAUCUAGAAAACACACUCCACCAUCAAAAUUCCAAGUCCAGAUUUCAGUGUAACAUUCAUCGGAAUUACAUUAGACUUGUAGUAGUAGUUUUUGAAAACUGUUCCUUUUCACCUCUUCCUUAAAACUAUAAUGAAGACUGUGAUGAUAUAGCUGACUUUGAUUUCUCAGGUCUGUCUUUGGAUAGAUAUUCCAUAAAUUUCUUGUUGGAAUCAUUUAGAAGCUAGGAUACUUGGCAAUAAAGCCUUUCCUGCCUUA